UGUGCUCACGGCGGAGAUGUUACGUCUCGAUGUGUCAGAGGGAGUCAGGGCGAGUCUCGACUGCAGACAUCGUCGAGUAGCAGCCAGGACGCCCAUCAAUAUGAAAAGAGAACAUCGCAUUUCUCCCAACGAUCUACCGUUACACGUAAUAAACGCGUGAGCGUUUCAAAGAACUGACGGACAGAGUUUUGCGUUCCAAUACUUCAGCCCUUUUCUCCUCAAAUCCAUCCUCGGCCCCCGCCGCCCACCCAACAUGUCCGGCAAGGAGCGAAGCCCCCGCCAUCGGCCGUGGUCGGUCUACCGGGCCAACACGUUUGAUCUCUCGGCUGAGAUGAUGGGGCUGGCUCUCUCGGGCAACAGUCAGGAUCCGGACGAGCCUGUGCUGGAGUUCAGUGUGGCCUGCAGCGAGCUGGUCACGCCCUCUCUGGACCGCAAGCCAACCAGCUUCGUUGCUGUCAGCUGCACCACCCCGCCGCAGGCCUUCUGGACCAAGCAUGCCCAAACUGAAAUCAUAGAGGGCACCAGUAACCCAAUCUUUUUGAGCAGCGUGGCGUUCUUUCAGGACUCUCUGAUCACUCAGCAGACUCAGGUCAAGCUUUCUGUCUACGACGUGAAGGACCGCACACAGGGCACGAUGUACAUGCUCGGUUCAGCCAUGUUUUCUGUGAAAGAGCUACUGCAGGACCAACACCACAGACUGCACCUGACUCUCAGGUCGGCGGAGAGCAACCGCGUGGGGAACAUCACCGUCAUCGCCUGGCAGAUCGAGGAGAAGCGAGAGCAGAGAGCUCCCGUUGCAAGAUUACAGAGAGGAGACACCGUCAAUGGAAGGAUGGUUCUCCCUGUUGACGAAAGCCUGACUGAAUCCAUGGGCAUCAAAUCCAAGUCUUUGUCUCUGUGCAAAGACCCGUUGCUGAAGGCUGUGUUCGGGGGCGUCAUGUCUCGAAUGUACCGGCUCCCCACCACCGACGGCAACCACCUUCGGGUCCUGGAGCAGAUGGCGGAGAGUGUUCUCUCCCUGCAUAUUCCUCGACAGUUUGUCAAGCUGCUGCUGGAGGAAGAUGCUGUCAGGGUGUGUGAGCUAGAGGAACUAGGAGAGCUGUCCCCAUGUUGGGAGAACCUCAGGAGGCAGAUCAUCACUCAUUAUCAGACCAUCAUCCUCACCUACCAGGAGACCAUAAGUGACCUGCAUGAAUACAAAGGUCCUUCUUUUAAGUCUAGUACCUUGAAAGCUGAGAGGAAGUUGGAGUUUAUUCCUACUAAUCUGCACAUCCAGAGGAUAAGAGUGCAGGGAGAGUCUGGCUAUGACCGGACGUACGACGUUGUGACUAUUGGUGCACCUGCAGCACAUUAUCAAGGCUUUAAAGGCUGCGGCCUCCGAAAACUGCUGCAUCGGCUCGAAGAAGCCAGGAAACACAAAUACGAGGAGGAAAGCUCUGCUGGUUCUGGCUCCAAAGGAAUGGCAUACCAGCCCCAGGAUGUAGUGAAAUCAAAAGAGCUCAUCGGUCAAAUAAACACUCUGAAGACACAAGUGUGUUACUACGCCGAACGCCUGUCGCGAGCCGCCAAGGAGCGCUCAGCCAACGCUCUGGAGAGAACCCUGGCUAUCCUGUCCGAGAAGACCCGUCAGCUGGUGAGCGUGUGUGACUCCAAGCUGCUCUCCUCGGCCAUCCUCGCCCUGGCGUCCGCCCGCCCGGAGACCACCCUGCAAAGCACCCCGUCCCCGUCCUCCUCCUCCCUGUCACCCUCCUCCUGUUCCCCGUCUCGCUCCCCCUCCCGCCAGCCAGCCUCCCCCUCCCGCCCCCCCAUCUCCCCGUCUCGCGCCUCUACCUCGCCUUUCCGCCACGCGGCUCCUCCGGAAGGCAGCGAAGCGAGUAAAAACAAGCGCUUCUCCUUGCAGGGCGAUUUACAUGAGGAUGACUGGGAUAAGGUUUGGCUAAAUGUGAACAAGAGCCUGGAGUGUGUGAUCCAGAGGGUGGACAGUCUGCUGCAGCGAGACAAACUCCAGAGCGACAGUAGCUCGGAGGAUGUCUUCCUGCUCGCCAGCGAGGAAACGGGUAACACCAAGAAAGCUGUAGAUAUCGGCACAGAGGUGGAAAAAAAGUCUCCAGGCGAGUGGAGCGACGCUCUGUACCCUCUCCUCACCUCGCUGACCGAUUGUGCCUCUCUGCUGAGCGACAAGGCCAAGAAGGCCAUGGUGUUCGUGCUGAUGCAGGACAGCGCCCCCACCAUCGCCACGAGCCUCCCCCUGCAGUACCGCCGCGACGUUGUCUUCUGUCAGACGCUGACGGCGCUGAUCUGCGGCUUCAUUAUCAAGCUGAGGAACUCUCUCUGUGACUCGGGCUUCCUCAGGCAGCUCCACACCAUUGGCUUACUGGUGCAGUAUGAGGGCCUGCUCAGCACUUAUGGUGAGGAACUGGCCAUGUUGGAGGAUAUGAGCGUUGGAGUGAUGGACCUGAGAAAUGUCACAUUCAAAGUUACCCAGGCCUCUUCCGGCUUCGCUCCGGACAUGCUGCCGGUGAUCACCGGAAACCGCAGCGGCUUCAACGUCAGGGUUCCCAUGUCCGGGGCGAUGUUCGACACGCUGCCGCGAGAUAUCCAGAACGGGAUGCUGCUGCGCGUGCAGCCCGUCCUGUUCAACGUGGGGAUCAACGAACAGCAGACGCUGGCUGAGAAGUUUGGAGACACGUCACUACAAGACGUGAUCAACAAGGAGAACGUGACUCGCCUCAGCUUGUACUACGACCAAUUUAAAGACGUCCUGUCAGAAGACUGUCUGCCUCGCUCUCGCAGUACCACCAAUCUGCCCGAGCUGCUCAAACAACUAAAACAGAAUGUGAACGCCAAGAAAAGCAAGAACGUGGAGAUUUUGUGGCAAGCAGCCGAGGUAUGCCGCCGCCUGAACGGGGUGCGUUUCACCAGCUGUAAAAGUGCCAAGGACCGCACAGCCAUGUCUGUGACGCUGGAGCAGUGUCAGAUCCUGCAGCAGGAGCACGCCCUCGCGCCACAGGUCUUCUACCAGGCUUUGGACUGCAUGCGCAGUGAGGGCUGUAGGAGAGAGAACACCAUGAAGAAUGUGGGAUGUCGUAAAUACGCCUUCAACUCCCUGCAGCUCAAAGCCUUUCCCAAACAGUAUCGCCCUCCCGAGGGCACGUAUGGGAAAGUGGAGACCUAAGUGGACUCUUCUAAAAAAAACUAAAGACUGAGGAGGACAAUGAUGAGAGCAGCACGCAAACACAAAUACUGAACUCUAACUGGAACAGCAGCCCUUCGUUUUGUGAUUAGUCACCGCUAAGAUGAUAAAUGUCCAUGUUCCAGUGCUACUGUAGAUUGUUUUAUAGUGGUUUCAACCUCUCCUCCAGCAGUGCUAGGAUCACACACUUCUCACAGCCACGCGUGGCAUGGUCGCAGUGUGCAGACCACUCUGUUGGCUGCUGUACCAGUCGUAGCGUCAGGAAGCAUUUCUUUUGUGGUCCGUUCAUCGGUUAUUCAGAGGAUGACGCUGCUGAUAUUCUGCCUAAUUGAUCCAGCUGGCUGCUGACACAGCUUAUUUCCUCGAUGCCCAGAAGCUGAUUCCUGCUGUAACGUUUGAUGUCACAGUGCACAGCGGUUUUAGGAAAUUACUGACUUGGUAAACUAGAGAGUAAACAACAUUUGUUUCUGUUGUCUUUGUGUUUAGGAGGCAUAAAUGCAUACAUUAAAAUAAAUAAAGAUUAAUACCACAUUUCUUCUCUAAAGGUACAAGUAAAUUGAGAUUGUGUAAAUUGUAAAGUUGAGAGCCCAUGACAAGACAAGAGGUGACAAAUUUAAGGAAUCUUAACAGCAGCAAGCCAGCGAGUGUGAAAUGUCUUUUGAGAUUAUGUUUUUCAGGAAAAUGCCACUUGGAGCUGUCUACAUGAGAAGAUGUUUAGCCUGGCUUUGAUAUGAUGUCUUUGCUUGUUAACAAAUGACGAAAGUACUUACUUACGUCA